AUGUAUCGAAAAUUAAUUUUAUCUGCCUUCCUGAUAGAGGCCGUUUUCGGUUCGAUAUUAGACGGUGAUUUUAACAUAUUCGAUGGUGUUAGACUCGUGUCGGUUAAAGAUUCGAAUAGUAUUGAAGAUGGGAGGUCUUUUGGAGAUACGCCUUUAUACAGGAUAGCGAAGUUCCUCCAGAAUCAUGAGCUGCACGUCAAGUUGCCGAACUUGAUAGAGAAAGAUGAAAUAACUCAAAUCUUCUCGGAAUCACUGAAGGUUAUCGAUGAUUCGUACAAGGACAAGGCUGUAACUGGAAGAGGCAAGGGAGGUGGUGGUGGCUCCUUGGCGUUACUUGGGCUCAUGUUCGCCAAGACCAUGGGCGCUGCUGGUAUUGGAGCCCUUGGUCUUUUGACCAUGAAGGCGUUAGCAGUAUCUGCUCUAGCUCUUUUACUGUCAGCGAUCGUAGGCGUCAAGAAGCUGGCCUCUCACGAUGACCACGAUGACCACCAAGUGAUAUACGCUGGUCAUCACGGUCACCACAGAAGACGCAGAGACGUCAACACGCCUCUACCUUACCAAGGCUGGAAGGAAUACCAGAAUUAAUUUAAAUUAAGUUAUUUAUUUAAUUUAUUGUAGAUAAAUAUUUAUUUUUA